AUGUAUCUUAUGCAAUUGGAAAUCUGUGACAAAAGUUGCAUAAAUGAAACUACUCCAUGUAAUGAUCUCAUCUCCUCUUUAGAUACAGAGGAGCCAACCAUUAAGAGAAGACAGCCUUUCAUAUCCUGGUUGUUCCACAAGGGCUCUGUGCCCCACCAGGAUCAAGUGUGCACAUUCCUGCCAGUUGUGAAGACAGGAAAACUCUUUGGAAAAGAUCUGACUGCCAUCUGUGGGGAUGGCAAUCUACCCACAGCAAUUCUGGUAGACAUGCUAUCAUUUCUUAGUGAAAAGGGGCCAAUCACUGAAGGUAUCUUCAGAGCAUCUGGGGAUAUAAGAUUAUUCUGAGCCCUAAAAGAAAGGCUGGAUUCUGGGACAGAAGUGAACUUGAACAAUGAAAAUGUCCCUGUUGUGGCAUCUAAAUGGAAGGAGUUUCUUCAAAAUAUACCAGGAAGUGUGCUGACGUCUCGACUACAUGAUGAAUGGCUUGGUGUCCUCGACCAAGUGUGUGAAGAGAAGAAAGUAGCUACAGUGCAGAGUCUUUUAGAGCAACUACCCCAACUGAAUGUCAUUCUUUUGAAACAACUUUUCAGAAUAUUCUACAAAAUUGAGAAAAAUUCUGAAGUCAACCAUAUGACAUCUUCUAAUUUAGCCAUUUGCAUAGCCCUGAGUAUUUUAUGCCUGCCUAGUUCCUGCAACUCAGGAUUGACAGAUAUCACCAAAAAGAUUUCUCUUGUCAAAUUCCUUAUUGAGAAUUAUCCAAAAAUAUUUGGAGAAGACCUCAUUUAUGAGAGCUCAUUAUAUAGCUCAUUGCUCUGCUCUAAUGGGGAGAAGGCUUACAAUUUCCUGAACACUCCAACCGACAGUGUUGAGACAGAGGAAAAGGAACAAGAAGAAGCCUGUCCCAGUGGGAGGACAUGCCCCACAGGCAAUGAUGCAGUGCCCAGAAGUCCAACUGCUUCUCUCCACAGUGAGGGAGUUAUGGCACCAAAUGAGGAAUACCUCAUUGGAAAUUCUCACACCCCACCAGGACCAAAUGAUGAACAUCUAGUUGGAAAUUCUCACAACCCACCAGCACCAAAGGAGGAACAUCUGGCUGGAAAUUCUUGUACCCCACCAGCACCAAAAGAUGAAAACCAGGUGGGAAAUUAUGACACAUCACCUGUACCAAACCAGGACCACCUCAUUGGAAAUUCUCACGCCCCACCAGCACCAAAGGAGGAAAAUCCUGUUGGAAAUUCUCACACCCACCAGCACCAAACAAGGGACAUGGUUGGAAUUUCUCACACCCACCAGCACCAAAUGAGGAAAACCUGGUGGGAAAUUAUGACACCCCACCAGCACCAAAAGAAGAACACCUGGUUGGAAAUUCUCACAGCAACCAGCACGAAAAGAAGAAAACCUUGUUGGAAAUUCUGA